CUGUUGCGCAUGUCUGUGACGUACACAUAGCAACAGACACGCUUCUGGCUAUUUUUCCCAUCUUCUUCUGGCCUUUUUCCGCGCACAAUCUGGCAACAUUUAUGACUAGGAUACUACUCUAAGUUCAUAUUAGGGCCACAGAAGAUUAGUCGUAAUCAUGACUUUCCCCCGGCUUUUACAACAACUUCCUGUGCUGCUCGUUCAGACGUCGUCAACAAUCCUUCAAAGAAAAUUUAGUGUCUCAAUUGCUACGGCUGCAAUUCAGAAAAUGACCAGAGUGCGCGUGGUAGACAACAGCUCUCUUGGAAAUACGCCAUAUCACCGCCCACCGAGAGUGAUCCAUGUCUACACUAAGAACGGCAUUGGGAAAGUCGGCGACAAAGUGUUGCUGGCCAUUAAAGGGCAGAAGAAGAAAGCGCUCAUCGUUGGACACAAAAUGCCCGGGGACCGCAUGACUCCACGCUUUGAUUCGAACAAUGUUGUUCUGAUUGAGGACAACGGCAACCCUACUGGAACAAGGAUUAAGGUCCCUAUACCAUCAAGCCUGCGUCAAAUGGAAGGCAAUUACUCUAAAGUUCUGGCAAUUGCAAACACAUUUGUCUAAAUUCAUCAUGUCGAAUAUAUAUUAACAUUUAGCUCUUGAGAGUUUUCAAUAAAAUGAAAAAUGGUCAAUUUGCA